AUCAAAACAGUUCGAGAUUGAACAAAUCCAUUUAAUAACGAAUUAAUUACAUCACAGUACGCAAAUAAAAAUAAGAUAACAGAUCGUAUUCUGUUAGAAGAUUGUGAUACGGACCGAUGGAAUUGUAAGAGCGUGAAGAUCGCGUUUCAAGGUAAAAAGAGCAAAAAGUGGCACGAUUUGGCCGAUUGCCCGUGUGCAGUGGUUUUUUCGUUGUCCCCGGUCAGCUGUUCGAAUUAUUUGGUGCUUCCUACUUAAAAAAUCCCGAAAAUUUACGUUUAUUUGGAUAGUUUUUGUUAAUUGAGAGGAUAUUACAUAAACAUGCAGUCGGUAGCGCAUUUAGUUAAAGUCUCCGUGCCCGGAUAUUUAUCAGAACUCCCCAUACCAGACACUUUUGGAGGAUGGUUUAGGUUAGGAUUUAAAGAUUGGCUAGCUUUAGUUCCACCAACUGCUCUAGCUGCUGGUGUAGGAUAUACCGUAUACAGGGCGUACUGUCCAAAGGCCAGAGUAGCAUGCUCAGGCAGAACGAACAAGAUUGUUCAGUUGAGCAACCCGAAAGUUGUGGAUACGAUCGAUGUAGAGGAUAUAUCUGAAAAAGCAGCUUUUUGCCGGUGCUGGAAAAGUAAAAAUUGGCCUUACUGUGAUGGAUCUCACGCCAAUCAUAACAAAGAAACCGGUGACAAUAUUGGUCCUGUCAUUGUGAAGAAGAACAAGUGAAGAUCUGUGAUGUCACAAGAAUAUUAUGUAUAGUAGAAUGGAUUAUGAAUACUUGGUGAAAUUGUCGAUUUAACUGUAUUUUUCUCUUUUAUUUACAACUUUUAGUGGGCUAUUAAACAACAUAACAAUUUAUAAUAGGAUGGAAAAACAAAUAUUUUGUUCCUUUUUUUUUAACUAAUCAUUAAAUGAUGUUGUUGAAUUAAGUA